UUUCAUCGACUACGAGUUAGAAGAGGUGCAAGAUGGGCGAAGACAUUGGAGCCAAGUUCAGUUUAUCUGGGAUAAUGUUCCUCCUGGCCAAUUGAAGCCAUUAUUAGUAGGCUUUUAGAAAGCCUCUUCAUGGGUCUUUCUCUUUCAACCAUUUGAGCAGAUUUGGCCCUCUUAAAGUUUGACGUACUCUUGAAUCAAUUAGCGACUAAGAUGGCCUCCACGGUUUUUAGAAGCUUGCAAUCUUUCCCUUUUUGUCUCCAUCCAACUACGUUAUUCAGAAGAAAGAAUGGGAUUUUCUAUUGCACAAUAAAAGGUAAACAUUCCCAGACAGCCACACAAGAAAAGCAAACGUCCAAUGUCAAAGUUUCAUCACACCCUGCUAUCAAAACACUUGAUAAAAUCUUAAAGGAUUAUGAAGCAAUUAUCGGCAUAGAAACUCAUGUACAGCUCUCCACUCUCACCAAAGCUUUCUGCAACUGUCCGUAUAAUUAUGGAUCUCCACCAAACACCAGUGUCUGCCCCGUUUGCAUGGGUCUGCCUGGUGCUUUGCCAGUUUUGAACUCAAAGGUCAUCGAUAGUGCCAUCAAAGUGGGCCUUGCACUCAAUUGUAAAUUGUCUUUAAACUCUAAAUUUGAUAGGAAACAGUACUUUUACCCAGACCUCCCUAAGGGCUACCAAAUAUCUCAGUUUGAUAUUCCAAUUGCAACUGGAGGCUUCAUUGACUUGGAUCUUCCUGUGGAGUUUGGUGGUGGGCAUAGGAGGUUUGGCAUUACAAGGGUUCACAUGGAAGAGGAUGCAGGGAAGCUGCUUCAUUCGGAUAGUGGAAGCUACUCACAGGUUGAUUUAAAUAGAGCAGGGGUGCCCUUGCUUGAAAUUGUUUCUGAACCUGAUAUGAGAAAUGGGAUUGAGGCUGCAGAAUAUGCUGCAGAAUUACAACGGUUAGUUAGGUAUUUGGGAGUUGGUAAUGGCAAUAUGCAAGAGGGUUCACUUCGCUGUGAUGUGAAUAUCUCAAUUCGACCAAUUGGUCAAUCACAGUUUGGGACAAAGGUUGAGAUAAAAAAUUUGAACUCAUUUUCUUCGGUGAGCAGGGCGAUUGAUUUUGAAAUAUCAAGGCAGGUGCAACUUCAUAGUCAAGGCCAAGGUGAUCAAAUUGUACAGGAAACUCGUCUAUGGGAAGAAGGUGCUCAGAAAACAGUUACAAUGAGGAAAAAGGAAGGACUAGCUGAUUACCGAUAUUUCCCAGAGCCAGACCUUCCAGGAGUUAUCCUCACUGAUGAAUAUGUUAAGGAUAUUCAUAAUUCACUGCCUGAACUUCCAGAAAUAAAGCGCCGGAGGUACGAGAAAAUGGGUCUAAGCAUGCAGGAUGUUCUUUUCCUUGCGAAUGACAUUAAUGUUGCGAAGUAUUUUGAUGCUACCAUUGCAAAGGGAGCAGAUGUGAAAUUGGCUGCCAACUGGAUUAUGGGUGAUAUUGCUGCCUAUAUGAAAAAUGAAAAGUUGACUAUUGAUGAGAUUAAGCUGACACCUCAGGAGUUGGCUGAGUUGAUAGCUUCAAUAAAAGCUGGUACUAUUAGUGGGAAAAUUGGAAAAGAGAUAUUGUUUGAGCUAUUGGCCAAAGGUGGAACUGUCAAGGGAAUCAUAGAAGAAAAGGAUUUGGUUCAGAUAAUAGAUCCUGCUGAGAUUGAGAAAAUGGUUGACAAGGUGCUCUUAGACAAUCCAAAGCAGCUGGAGCAAUAUCGCGGAGGCAAAACAAAGCUGCAAGGUUAUUUUGCUGGCCAGGUUAUGAAAGCAUCUAAAGGAAAAGCAAAUCCAGGGCUUCUAAACAAGAUCCUUUUAGAGAAAUUAAAUGCCAAGAGUUCCUAAUUAAAUGCCAGGAGAAACAAAAUCUGUAGAUAGACAGAACCUCAUUCUCUUGCACACGGAGGCAUUGGAAUGUGCUUGGGUACACAUAUUUUCUGGUCAGGCCAAAGUUCUUCAAAGUUUCAUGAAAAAAAUUCAAUCUUUCUUUUGGUCUAGCUAAAUGAUGCAUUAUCUUCACUUAGGGCUAUGGAAAAGCUGUCCCAUAUGUUAAAGAGUGGAGUCGAUUACUUUAAAACCUCAUGGUGCUGGAAAGCAUAAUGAUUAUUUUUUCCCAUUCUUGUGGAAGCAUAAGUCUAACUUGUUAGUUGGAGCACCUUUUGUAAAAUCAGAUAACUUAUUCCGCAGAAAGUUAUGAAUAUCGUUUGCCAUAAAUGAAUGAAAUAAUGGGGUUUAUUGUGAA